AUGACUGACGCCGGAGCACCACAACAAAUCAUAGUACACCAACGAGAACCGAGUACUUUGAAUUUAACUUGUCCAAAGUUAGCAAGUACAAACUACAACACAUGGACCGUGAUGAUGGAGGCUAAUCUUGAUGCUCAAGGAUUAUGGGAGGCGGUCGAUCCCGUGACCGGAGAAGCUGUUGACGAAAAGAAAAAUAAGUUGGCGAGAGCGAUAAUCUAUCAAGCGUUACUGGAGAACGUUCUAAUGCAGGUUGCGACAACCCGAAGUGCAAAAGAUAUUUGGGAAGCUUUGCGGGUUAGAUAUCUCGGAGCAGACCGGGUUCAACAAGCUCGGUUAGCCACUUUGAGACGGGAAUUGGAACAACUAAAGAUAGGAGAAAAAGAAUCCGUAGAGGAGUUUGCGGGUAAAGUAUCGGAGUUCGUUAGCAAGUUCAUUGCACUAGGAACAACUUUGGAGGAGACUACGAUAGUUAAGAAGCUACUUGAUAGUAUGCCGCCAAAAUUUAUCACAAUAAUUGCCACAAUUGAGCAAUUUUCCGAUCUCACUACCAUGACGUUUGAAGAGUGCAUUGGUAGAUUGAAAGCGUUCGAGGAGAGAAUUAAAGGCCAUGAAGCUAUAGCAGAAAGCGAUGGUAAACUUUUGUAUACACAAGUCAAACCCCAUAACAGAUUCAGAAAAAAUGAUCAAGACCGGCGAGGUCAAGGCGGACGUGGAAGAGGGAUGGACCAACGAGGUAGAGGCCACGGACGUAGUCGUGGCAAUGGCCGAGGACGAGGUAAUUAUCAUUCCAAUGAUAAUCGAGGCAAUUAUCGUUCCAAUGAUAACCGCAAUAAUGACCGUUCAAAUGAUAACUUAGGCAACGAUCAACAUAGAAAUAACACUGAACAAGGCCGAGAAACAGGUAAUAGGGGACGAGAUAAACAAGGUGUUCGAUGCUACAACUGUAACACUCUUGGUCAUUACGCAUGGGAGUGUACAAAGACACCUGAGAAUGAAGCAAAUCUGAAUCAAACCGAAGAAAGAGGCCCGGCACUUAUGAUGGCAUCAACAGAUGAAGUAUUGUUAAACGAGGAAAAGGUGUAUCCGAAGUUAUAUGCAAACAGUAGUCAUGACAACUCAAUAUGGUAUCUCGACAAUGGUGCGUCAAACCAUAUGACGGGAACCUUAUCUCACUUCACAGAAUUAGACAAGAGAAUUACCGGUCGAAGCGAGAGGAGGUCGAAUGCUGAGACUGGAUCUGAAAUCUUCGAAUAG